ACAUAAUGGGCACCACUCGCCCGAGUGGAAGCUGACCAAAUACCCUGACCCGCGUGACUCUGGUUCGGCAAGCCUGGUUCAGCAUCGAACACUGAAAAAGCUUCUUCAAGCUGGGCCAAGAUGGCGGGAGGUCGUGCGCAACGUCGUUGAGAAAGUUUCUGUCUGACUCGACUCCUUCAAACUUGUUGGACCACAAUCAUCAUCAUCAUCAUCAUCAGUAUCAUCCUCGACAGACUUACAUGCAUACAUACAUAGGAGCAUUCUCACCUUGUCACACCCAUUGACCGCUGCAAUCAACACCACGACAAUUACUGCUACUACUUCUACUACUACGGCAAGAUCUAACUACCAGAACCAUAACUGCAACCAAAAGAACAAUUAACACCAGAACUCGAAGAAGAACUGGCAGAAGAAGAAGAAGAAGAAGAACGAAAAGAACUGAAUAAUAAUCGGCUAAACCUGAAGACGACAAACGAUCGGCCAGCUGCUUGUAACCCCGGACAAGCCGGAAAAGCACGUGCUAGUGCCUGAUUCCUGCGGGGGACUGUCCCACUUUUGGGUGUCCCUUCCAUCCAAGUGGAUCGGGCUCGAUUCCGGAUUGGCCCACUUUUUUGGCUUUGAAUUCGGGCUCUCACUGAACCCUCGAAUCCAUCGACCAGCUUGAAUCGGUACCACGCCCACGUGACUGCGGGUGUGGCGCUCCAUGAACUGCUUUUGUCGUAUAGUAAAGAAUCACUAUAACCGCCACGGAACCUCCAUCAGUCAAUGAAAGAAACGCUGUUUUAAAUCACCCCCUCCCUACUUUUGAUGCGGCACGUCCAUGUGUUCACCUUUGCUCCGCCUCUGCCGCUCCUACGGACCGCCCCAUUUCAUCGUGAUCUUCGAUUGAUCCCCAACUUCCUCCCUGCGGGGUUGUGGCCUGAAAUUCGGCCCACGCCCAUCGGAAGGAAGUGCUUUUUGUCAGUUGUCCUUCUUACCCUUUGAAUCGAAUCGAAUUCACCGGUCUCGUCUCACAUUCCUGAUCCAAUAAUGAGCAUAAUCCCCAGCCUCGCUUAACCAGCCACUCUUCCCGCUUCAACCAAUCCCCCGAGUGGGACUCCAUUUCGCUUUCCCUUAAUUUGGCGGGUAAGGCGACUUUGCCCCAAGAAACUUGUGAUAUAAGUAAUACUUGAUCCACUCCUACCAGGCUGGCUUUAUAUCCGGCCCCACCUAUCACGCAUCAGAAUAACAAAAGCCACAACUCAAGCUACCCCAAGGAAGCAAAAGUUCAGUCAAGAAACCACGACGCAUUCUAAUCGACCGGACCUAGAUUGGUGCCGGUUCCCUUUUUGUGUGUACUAGCAAUUUCAAUCCUCAAGAUUCAACCCGUGGCUGUUCUUCUAUACUAGUAAUUCUUAUCCCCACUUGCGUGAGAACCACCAUGAAUCAGUGGACACCCCUGCCACCCUCCGUGGACUCUUCCCAAUCGCACGGCGGGUAUGGGCAUGCCGGAGGACCGAGCGGGUUUUCGGGGCGCCCUCAAAGUGCCCGGCCCAUCACCAAGAACCCGCAAAGCAUGUUCCAAAACUUUCCAGGCAACAAUCCCUCUGCAUCCAACAACAUGAUGGGCCGAGACAAUGGUGGCCUCAUGAUGCGCGGGAACAAUGGAGGAGGAGGAGGAGGAGGAGGCGGCGGCAGUGGAGGCUCUCCGGGAUCUUCGACCAACUCCUUUGGCAACGGACGGUUCAACUCAUUGGGCUCCAAUGGCUACGAUGGCCCGACCAACGGUGGCGGUUUGAAUGGGUUUACCACUUCGUUGGGUCGCAUGGAAACGCGAACCUCACCCAACUUCUCCAACGGAUUCGGAUCCAUGAAUGGAGGAGGCGGUGGCGUGAGUGGUUCCUCUCUCUUUGGCAACAACGGAGGGAGCAACCAUCACGUUGGCAAUGCUUUCUCUGAUUUGAUCGGAUCUGGCCGUGGAAGCAAUGGCUUUGAGAACUACACCGAUCGCUUUACGGACCGCCCGAAUAAGACGUUCGAGCCGCCCCCCAUGAACAGACCUCAUCUUAUGAAUGGCUUUGAUCGCUCUAUGUCCUCGAAUGGUGGCUUUGAUGGAUUUCGAGGAGGUGUGGGUGCCAACAGCCACUCCUCUAAUGGCAGUGCCAUGAUGAGCAACUCAGGGGGAAUGGGCGUCGGCAAUUCCAGCUUCGACCGCCAACUCUCAGCUCCGUCAUCCUCGUCCCGAGACUUCAUGAACGGCCAAAGCAGCAUGAUGGGCGGGGGCAGCCGCAUGUUGGGCCAAAUGGGCGGCAGCAAUGGCAGUGUUGGUGGAUCCAAUUUCAUGAAUGGAACUCGAUCCGGAGGAAGCGGGGUUGGCGGAAACUACGUGGGUCGCCACAGCCCCAGUUUGGAUAUGUUUGGUGGAUCUGGCAGCAUGAUGACCAACGGCUCUUCUGGUAUGGGUGGAGGGAUGGGUGGAGCCAUGAAUGAUAUGAAGAUCGGAACUUGGAAUGACGCUCCUACCAAUUCGUCCCCUCAGAACAUGGGCAACUUCCCGCAAGUUUCCAACUUUGAGAUUGGCACCUUCAAUGCCGGAGGGUCGGCCUCGAACAAUGGGUUCUCCUCGAACAGUGGGAACAAUUCGUUCAGCCAAAGUGGCACGAACAUCACGGGUGGACCUGGGAUCAGAGAAACUGGCAUCAUCGAGAAGCUUCUGCACUCUUACGGAUUCAUUCAAUGUUGCGACCGCCAAGCCAGGUUGUUCUUCCACUUCUCUCAAUUCGACGGGAACAUUGAACAUCUGAAGAUUGGCGAUCCGGUAGAGUUCGAAAUGACCUACGACCGGCGAACUGGAAAGCCCAUCGCGAGCUCUGUCUCGAAAAUUGCCCCAGACGUGGUAAUGCGAGAGGAACGUGUGAUUGGUCUGGUGACCACCGAAGCCGCCCUAGAUCCGGAGACUGGACAGGAGUUACACGGCCGCAUCAGCUACGAGAAUCGAGGCGAGUGCUUUUUCCUUCCGUUUACGCGAAGUGACGUCGAAGGCAACGUGACCGUGACCUCUGACGACAAGGUCAGCUUCCAAAUGGCCACAAUGGCUCGGAGCGGCAAUCUCGUGGCUCGAACCAUUCGUCUUGAGGACCCUGCUUCCCCGGUCAAGUACCAGGGGGUGGUGAACUCCAUCACCGAAGACCACGGAUUGAUCGAGCGUGCCGAUGUUGUGCGCGAAAUCCGGUUCCACCUUCAAGACAUGAAGGACGGCUUUCCAGCGGCCAAGUUGGGCGAUGAUGUCGAGUUCAUUAUCCAAACCCGUAACGGGAAAGAAGUGGCUAGUGCCAUUGAGAUCCUACCCAGAGGAACGGUCGUAUUCGAGGAUGUCGGAGCGGAAUACUUCAAAGGCCAGGUGUUGAAGCCCUGCGACAAGUCUGGAUUUGUGUCUGGCGGUCAUAGCGAGGAUGCUUUGAGCGGCCGCGUCAAAUAUCGGGGUCCGGAUCGUUCGGAAGAGGAGAUCCAAUUUGCGGAAAAGGACCAGGUGGGCGACUUCACCCUCCGUCAUGGCGAUUGGGUCAAGUUCGUGAUCGCCAUCGAUCGUCGCGACAAACUGAAGCGCGCCACCAAGAUCGAACUCUUGGAAGAGUCCUUCAAGGUGUCUGAUGAGCGUCGGGAACACGGCACCAUCGAGAUCCUCAAGGAGAAGGAGAAAGUGGGUGUGAUCAAGUGUGCGGAUCGCGACGGUCAGAUGGCGUUCAAGUUCUGCGAAAUCUUGGAUGUCCAGCGAAACAUCUCCGUCGGUGAUGAAGUGGCCUUCACUGUGGCCGAAGACGAUGAAGCUCCGGGCAAGAAAGUGGCCCUGCGGAUUCGUCAUUUGAUUCCUGGGUCGGUCAAGUUCCACGUGGUGCUCGAAUCUGGCGCAAAUGGAGUCAUAUCUUCCGAGCCUGCCAGCCGAUCUGGCUCCCCGGCCAACGGUGACGAACCCAGUCGUCCCUCUGGCACCAUUCUGUACGAGCACAAUGGCAUGAAAGUGGAGGUUCCCUUCCACGUGGAUGGGUGCAAUCCCAGGCAAAUGCCACGUUUGGGAGACACGGUUCAGUUUGACAUAAUCCAGCUCAAGGCCACCAAGGCCACCAUGGCCGCGGAGAUCAAGGUGCUCGAAUCCAAACACAAGGGCCCCUUGACCCCUUUGACUCCGAUGGCCACGCCCAUCAUUCGAAAGGAAGUGCCCCAACAACAGAUUCAGUCGCAACAACCGACCAUGGAGGUGUGUUAUGGGUUCAUCGCCGCUCUCAAGGACGGGUUCGGAUUCCUGGAGACGUCCAGCCACGACAAGGAGGUCUUCUUUCACUUUAGCAACGUAGAAGGAAAGGCUGAGAAACUGGAAGUCGGAAUGGAGGUGUCUUACUUGGUCUACAAUCGCGAGAAGGGCGGCAAGCUCUCGGCUGAAUGCGUCAAAGUGGUCGACAAAGGCACCCUAUCUCCGUUGAUUAGCCAAGAGACCGUCCUUCAGGGAUCCGUGGUCAGACCCUUGCGCUCCGUGAAUCCAGACCAAGACGAAUACUGCGGCGAAAUCCACGUGUACUCCGAUGAUGGCAAGACCAUUCAGCGUUUCCAAUUCUCGAUUGCCAGUUUGGCCAACAAGAAGGAUCUGCUCCAAGUCAACGAUCCUGUUCAGCUUCAACCCUGCUUGAAGGAUCCUCACUUUGCGUCGAACGUGAAGUGCACUCGAGAAAAGCAACGCGCUUUUGUCGAGGCCAUGAAAGGCUCGUUUGGAUUCCUCAGCUACGAGGUCGAAGGUGGUAAGAAGCUGUUCUUCCAUACCUGCGAGGUCGACAACAAUGAGAUGCUUCAACAAGGAGACGAGGUGGAGUUUGUCGUGGUAUCCAAUAAACGCACGGGCAAACACUCGGCUGUGGCCGUUCGCAAGAUCAGCACUUGCAAACGUCCGGAACGUUUGAUCUCAAAACUGAAGACGUUAACUCUACACGGAGGCAUGAAGAUCAUGGUGAUUCGCCAGCCCAAAGGCCCUGAAAAUGGCAUGGGCUUCAAAGCCCCCCGAAACAUCACCAACUGAGGUCAGUCGUCCCUCUUCCCCCCCAGAUGGAUCGUCAUCAACAUCAUCAUUUUUAACUCUUCCCACAAGCAUAUCAUGAACGCGUCUUCUGCUCUCUCCGUCUCUGGUGAAGUCCCGUUGCAUUGGGUGCUUCCAUGUUCUUAUCACCAUAGCAACCCAGGACAGUCACCUUCUCCCCAACACCCCCUUGACAAUCUCGUAUUGUGACAAGAAACGAACACAUGCCCUCCCAUCCUUAGCUUCGAAAACGAAACACACACCGGCAGGCCAUUUCAUUCAAAGAGGAUGACCGAUUUCUUCAAGGGAGAAACAAAGUGGUAUACUUUGAGAAAUAUUUUGCGGAGAGAAGGAGAGAAUGAGGAGGAGGCGGAGGCGAUCCUGAUAUUGAACCCCCAUUCAGAUGAUAGAUUAUUUCCGGCCCGAACACCCACGUGUCCUUUCGCCUCCCAUCCUCGUCCUCAUCCUACACUUCCUUUUCCUUCUCCUCCUCCUCCUCCUCCUCCUCCUCCUCCUUCUCCUUCUCCUCCCAACGAGUACACAAAGACAAGAAAGACCAGAAAUAUUCAAUCAUGUACCACAACUGCUGCACCCAAUUUCUCACCGAAAUGAUGGACAUUCACCACAAACUAUGAUGCGUUAUAUAUGCCAAAACCAAUUGUGAUACGAACUCUUUAGCUGUUGUUGCUUUUCCUACAAGAGGACAUACACGCCUCCACCCAACAA